UAAAUAUAUUUAUAUUAAUGGGGGGAGAGAGAGGACAGGAGGACACACUCCAACUCCAAGUGCGCUAGUCACGCAGCUGUCAUUCGGAAUUACAAAGCCCACACCCACUCUUUUCCUCACAGCCAGCAAAUCAUCGUUAGCAGCUCUUAGGUAUCAAAGCAGCAGCAGCAGCAGCAGGUGAGGAGUUUUGAUCGAAUCGAAUCGAAUCGCGCCCAAAACGCAAGUUCCCAUUUUGUCGUUUUGUCGAUUAUCAUCAGUCUCAGUCGAUAUCAUCACCAUCAUCAUCAUCAUCAUAUGGCACACGCACAUUUUCGAUCGCAGUUCGGAGACACGACCUUCACAAAAGUCUUCGUGGGUGGUCUUGCUUGGGAGACUCCCACCGAUGAAAUGCAUAGAUAUUUCGAGCAGUUCGGGGAGAUUCUCGAGGCUGUUAUCAUCACUGAUAAGAAUACCGGAAAAUCUAAAGGAUACGGAUUCGUGACUUUCCGGGAGCCUGAAUCGGCGAGAAGAGCUUGUGCGAACCCAAAUCCGGUGAUAGACGGAAGAAGAGCCAAUUGUAAUAUCGCUUCCUUGGGGAGGCCCCGACCUUCGCCCCCACGAGGAAGAAAUAAUCAAGGUGGGAGUCCCUUUCAAGGAGGGUCACCACAGGGUGCUGUACCAACCUAUAGUGGAGUUCCAGCACCAUUACCGCCACCACCUCCUCCACCUUCUCUAAUUUAUCAACCUUACGGCUACCCGACCUACACUCCAGCUGAUUAUGGAUACCAGCAAGCUCUUUAUAACACACAAUACCAACAAGCACAGUAUUAUAAUCAGUUGUACGGAACGUCUUCAUCUUCCGCCAUGAAUGCUCCAUAUUACUAUGGCUAUUCUUUUCAACCUCAACCUCAACCGGCUCAACCUACUAGAGGACCAUCAUUUUCGACACUACCGCCGCCGCAGCAGCAGCAGCGCAUGGCGGCCGGACCACCUUCAUAUCUCUACUAUCCAGCUCACAUGGAAGCUAAUGCAUCAUCGUACUCGGGCUACCCUAAUCAAUCAUCACUACUCCAACCAAGGCAUCCUUUUGCCUCUUCUCCCACUGAUUCACAGAGUCAGCAGCAUGCUUCAACGGAAACAGAAGCUGGAGUCAACAGUUCAGAAAGUCCUAAUAAUACCUAGCUAGAAGAUAUCUACCAUUUUAUACAAGCCGGGUUAAAAUGUAAAAUAAUUUCGUUAAAAAUCAUCAUUCAAUUUCAUUUUAUUUUCGUCUCUUUAUUUUAUUCUCGAUCAGGAUCAGCAUUUUAUUAUUACUACUAUUACUAUUAUUAUUAUAUAAAAUUCUUUGGGGUCCAAAGCUGUAACAUUUUGGCGAAUUCUGUUUAAAGUUACUUGGGACCUGUACCUUCUCACAUUCACAGCUUUGACCAGAAAAGAUAAUCUAAUUAAUUUCUUUAAUUAUGUCAUUUUUUCUUUA